AGCACAAAACAUCUCAUGUUAAAUCAGAAUUUCUGCCUAAUCCCUGUACAUCUGUGUGUUUCCUGUGCUGGUAGGUUGUCUCCCAGUGUCCGGAUCCUGACAUCUCUCUUUGUGAUCCUGGGGGUGUUUGUGGUGACCACGGUGCUGGUGAAGGUGGACGUGUCAGACAGCAGGAUGGAGUUCUUUGUCGGGACACUGAUCAGCGUGGCUAUUGUCAGUGGGGCCUCCAACCUCUUCUCUGGCAGCGUGUUUGGCAUCAGUGGACAUUUCCCCAUGAGGAUCUCUCAGGCUCUUAUAUCAGGUCAGGCGAUGGGCGGCACGCUGAGUGCAGUAGCAGCAGUGAUGGACCUGGCGCUCACGAAGGAUGUGACAGACAGCGCUCUGGCCUAUUUCCUGACAGCUGACGUCUUCAUUCUGCUCUGUAUCAUCACAUAUCUGCUGUUGCCAAAACUGGCAUAUUCAAGACAUUACAUGCUGGCAGCAACAUGCACCAGUGCAGGAGUGAGGACAGAAGAUGGAGGUGACGGCUCAGUGAGCAGAGUCUCUACCCCACCACUGCGUCCCAUCCUGAGGAAGACGUGGGUGCUGGGCUUCAGUGUCUUCUACGUCUUCUGCAUCUCUAUAAUGGUGUUUCCUGCAGUAUCCUCAGGGAUCCAGUCUGUCAACAAGGACAGCGGCAGCCCCUGGACAACCACUUACUUUGUGCCUCUCACCAGUUUCCUCCUGUACAAUGUAGCAGACUUCUGCGGCAGGCAGGCCACCGCCUGGCUGCAAGUCCCAGGCCCCACCAGCCGAAUCCUGCCGGUGCUGGUGCUGUGUCGCACCAUCAUGGUCCCACUUAUCAUGUUUUGUAACUACCAGCCAAGGGACCAAAUUCACACAGUGCUAUUCACACAUGAUGCUUUUCCUGUGCUGUUUAAUUGCAUGUUAGGCCUCUCCAAUGGCUACUUAGGAACUCUACCAAUGAUCUAUGGACCUAAGGUGGUCCCUCGGGAGCUGGCAGAGGCCACAGGAGUGGUCAUGUCCUUCUUCCUCACUCUGGGACUGGCUGUUGGAUCUGCAUUCUCUGUGCUCAUCGUGCACUGCAUCUGAUCAUGCUGUGAGGCAAUGACCCUGUCACGUACAGUGGAUUAACAUAGCAGGACAGAUGAGGUAGUUUGCCCACUGCUUAUGAAAAACCAGGACCUCAAAGCAAAGCACAUCAGUACAGCCGGUGUGUUAUGAGGGAAAAACUUCUGAUAAGCUUCUCAUUGCCCCUCUUGUCUAGAAAGCCUUUUUCUAGACAAGAGGUUUAAACUGAUGUAGCUCAUAAUGAGCUAUAGGGGCCGAGCCUACAUCUCUCUAUGUUUGAAAUGAGGAAAUGGCUCCUAGAGUUGCAAUCUAUGCAGUCCAUAAGGGACAAUUCAUUAAACAAACAUUUCCUUUUAUAUGACAUUUCGUAUCGGUUGUACAGAUAUUUCAAGGAGAAAAUUUGGGAUAGAUGUUUUGCAGGGGGUGUUAAAUGUUAUAGUUCAAAAUAAAUUAACAAACUUGCCAGUGGUAAAGAAACACCACCUCUUACUGAGGGACACAGGUGGAAAAUGUGGCAAGUGUGCUCACUAAACAGGAUGUGGAUUUGUCUGUAACUUUUGUAACUGAACUUGAUCACACAUUAUAAACUGAACAUUUCCAGUAACUUGUGGAUUUACUUGAUCAUGCAUUAUAAACGGAACAUUUCCAUUAAGUUGUGGAUUUCAGUUAUUUUUAAAUGAUCACGUUAGCUUCAAGUGACAAGUAAAGCAUUUUGUGUAGCUUGGGCUAAAAGUAGCACUUCAACUGCUCAAACUGGUGUUUUUAAAUCACAAACUCACAGAUGACACAUGGUCAUUCUCCUGUAGUUAAAUGGAGGAAAUCAAAUGACUUCCUGGGGAAGUUAACCCAGACACCAAGUCAGCUGUAUUUGCAGUUUAUGGAGCCCCUCAAAUAUCAAAAGUUAAGUGGGGUUGUUUAGUGUUGUAUUGACUAUGGAGUUGUUCUUUACAUGACUUGAUGGUUUGUGGAAAUGGCCAUUGUAUAAUAAGGAACCAGAUUGAUUCAUUUUAAAAAUACAUGACUAAAUUCAGUUUACAGUAAAGUAAAAUAGACUGAAGUUUAUUGGGAUCAUUUUAAUUGUUAAAAUGUACAGAUCAAUUGACAGUGUGCUCAGGGUUUAAAGCAGACAAAUCAAAUUUCAGAUGUUUUGUACGUUAGAGAUGCAGUGAUUUACAAACAGUAGGAAGAGUGCAAACAAUGGGAGGCACAAUCUCAGACUUAUCACCUCCACCUCAGCUCCUUUAAACAAAAUCUAACCUAUUUUGUCUACGAAAUAGAAAUUUGUUUCAAAGAUCAGACAUCCUACUUAAAGUAAUGCCAGUCAUUAACACACUGAGCCAUCUCUCCUAUUUGCAGUGAGUGGUUUCACCAGGGCAAAGAAUCAGAAUGGGGGUCGGAAGACGAGCAGGACGGCAGCCAUCUGAUGCGUCGUCAACAUUAUACAACACUUGAAAAAACUACAAAAACAAACAAGCAAUGUAGGGAAAUAUAACAACUUAAAUGUGCUCAGUGAGGCAAUGACAGGCUUGAGCUGCAGGCCAUUAUACACAAAUCACUCCUUCCCUGUCCCCCACCCCGAAAAAAAAAAAAAAAA